UCCCGUUCCGCGCCACCGCCGUCAAACCCGCCGCCUCUCAAGCUAUCCUCGACCCCAACCACCGCGCCGGCGACAUGCCGCCCAAAGAGCUGCCCGGAUUCUACUACGACCCGGACAAGAACCGCUACUUCCCCAUCAAGGGCCCUAUCCCCGGCGCCGCCAGCCGCCGUCCUCGGCCCCCGCCUCCACCCGCUGAGCCCUUGCCUCCUCCGACGACAUGCAGGAGGAAGAGGGCAAGGCAAUCCGAGCUGCUCCAUGCCAGGGAGAUGUACGGCGGCGGUGUGAUGCUCUCCAAGAACAGCAGGUCGACCUUCAAGCACCACUGCCAGUACGCGCAGGCAUCGGAGCCAAUGGCUUGGAAGUACCAGGGUACGGCAUUAGUGGCUGAUAGGGCACUCGAGGAAUUGCGCACCAUGGUUCAGACGCCGAGCGGGCUCUGCGACUCCAAGAUAUUAGUGACGGGAAGCAUGAAUGGUUCAAUCAGAUUAUAUGGAUUAGGGAGCGCUCUAGCAAACUAUGAGGACGAGAUGGAGUUUUCACCUCAGCCUGCUUGGACUCCCUUGGGAAAGGAGAAAGCAGCAGCGAAUUCUGCACUUGCAAAUAUCUGGUCACUUGAAACAGCUUUCUUAAACUUGGCAUCCAGUAUAACUUGCAUAAAAAGGCUUGGACGCAACUUCCAUGAUGCAGCCAGCACCAACUCAUCAGUUCAGCGAGCAUUGGUGACUACUCUUGGAUCCGGAGGAUCCGGCGGUUCUGUUUAUGUUAUGGAUACUUCUGGUGCUAUUGACUUCCCAGCAGUCUCACUGAAUGCCGAUGGAAGACUUGAACGAGUAGCAUCAUUUGAUCGUACAGUGUGGACUGCUGAUUGUAAUUUGGAUGGCACUCAAGUAGUUCUAGGUACAAACAAUGGUGCUUCUUUGCUUAAUUUGGAGACAGGAGCAUUAUCAUGGUUGCAUCGCUGUAAAAGUGACAUUCUUUCCCUGCAAUUUGUGCACUCGGGAAAUGUUGUCCUAUGCGGCCUACGGAAUGGAAGCAUAGUCCCCAUCGAUGUGCGGCAAAGGCAGAAUAGUCUAUCUAGCAGUCUAACUUCACCUAUCACUACAGGGACGACAGUUCCCAUGCUGUCUGCAAGACAUAACGCCAGAGGGAGAAACCAGUCUGAUAAGGCUAAAUCUUCAAGGGUUAUUCGUAUGUCUUCAGCCGUUUGCAGCCUGGUUGCUCUGUCGUCAGAUGAACACUACUUCUUAGGGAGCUCCAUGGAUGGAUUGAUCAAGUUAUUUGAUCUUCGUCUCAUUCAGAAGGGGGCUAUACAGUCUUACGCGGGGCAUGUAAAUUCACACACUCAUUUACCACUUGUUGUUGAUCCAUCUGAAACCCUACUCAUGUCAGGUGGAGAGGACUGUACUGUUCGCAUUUGGAGCAUCAAGACAGGCGAGCAAAUAUUCGCACAUAGUGUGUCUGACAGUCUUUUCACUGCACUUUGCUGGCCAGAAAGCGGCAAUGGUUUGAAUGGUUUCUCUUCACUGUUUGAUUUAAACCAUAGUUGGGGGGCUUGGAUGGGAUCGCGUGCUGGGUUGUUCUACAUGCAUGGCACUUAAACUGGUUGUGCACCAAUACAUACUUGGAGUGGAUAGAGGAAACCGCUGGCUGUUUCUAGAAGACGCACGAAGGUGCUUGAUCUUUGUCGCCGCAUAAGUCUCAGAAGUUUGUGCUCCCCAUGCUGUCAAUGCAGAGCUCUUAGAUGGUGCAGUUGAAGUUAUGUGAUGAACACCUCUGAGAGCAAGUGUUAGCUAUGUGAGACCUGCUACUAAUAGAGUAAUAGUGAUGAUAAUCAUGUUGUUUCUCUUAGUAGUAGUUAGAUCAACUGUCUAGCUAGGUAAAAGAGUUUCCUUAGGUAAGCAGACCAUAUUGUACAAUAUGUAUCAUAUGCUUUUUUAGCAUGGGAGUUAGUGAGCAAUGUGUUCUCUGCAUGUUUCCUGACAAGCCACCACACUUAUGAAAUUUCAUGCCAUGUAUGUUCCAUCUGUGAGUGAGAAAUAUAAGCAUCAGCGGACUUUGUGAA